UGUUACUAUGGUAACAGCUGCAAACAGUAACCUGGGAAUGCUCUGUCGUGACUGACUUCAAGCUGUAGUGGUAACCGGCUGUUUUGUACAUUGACCAUUAUGUUUCGAAACACCUGCUGGAGAAGGAAUGUCAAUGAUUUAGUGAGCUGGCAUCAAGACCAAGCGUUAAAUAAAACGAUAUUUAUACUUCGAGAGUUUGGUCCCACUGGAUUUCUUCUAAAGGAAGAGGGAGAAACCAAGAAUUUUAAGGUAUGUUUAGGAGACCCUCACUCUUGUACUUGCUCUGUGUUUUUCAAAGACAAAGACCUCUGCAAGCAUAUAUGCUGGGUUUUAUUAAAGAAAUUCAGACUACCACGAGAACAUGAAUAUUGCUUUCAGUUGGGUCUUGUGGAAAGAGAGAUCAACCAAUUGCUUUGGGGACUACAUCGUGUGCAGACUCCACGACCAGCUGCCAAUAUUUCAGAGUCGAAGCAAAAGACAACAGAGGAUGAUGGAUGUGUUCGACAGAAGAUGAUUGAUGCUGAAGAUGUGUGUCCCAUUUGCCAAGAGGAGUUAUUGAAGAAAAAGCUGCCUGUGUCUUAUUGCAGGUAUGGCUGUGGAAAUAAUGUUCACAUCUCAUGUAUGAAGAUAUGGGCAGAUCACCAGACCAAAUCCAAGUUUGACACCAUGGUAAAAUGCCCCCUUUGCAGAGAAAACUUUGCAUCCUUGAAGCUUCUGUAUGAGGAAGUGAAGAACUCAGCUGAACUUACAACAGCAGCAGAGAAGGAGAGACCAGAUAGGCAUUUGGGAAUUCCAUGCAACAAUUGCAGGGUUUUCCCAAUUAAUGGCAAGUGCUUCAAAUGUACUGUCUGUUGUGACUAUCACCUGUGUGAGGAAUGUUUUAGAAAGCAAUGCCAUCCUCAUCACAGCUUUUCAUUUCGUCUGAAAAGGAUCCAGCGAUGGAGACCAGUUAGCCAGCUUUCUAGCCAUUCACUAUCGCCUACAUUAAUGCUACCAGAUUCAUGCUCACUUAAUAAAAAGUCACUACAACAUCAUGAAAGUGAUGCUAGUACACCUGAAAGUCUACCUGAAAAUAUUAUCACGAUGCUACCAUUUUUGAUGGUGAGACAGAACAGCAAACUGCUUGAGCCAGGCCACCAGUGCAGAAUUUGCCUGAAGACAUUUAGCCUGGGUCAGCAUGUUAGACAACUGCCUUGCCACCAUAAGUUUCAUAAGAAGUGUAUUGACCAUUGGCUGCUGCAUGAGUGCAACUCUUGCCCGUUGGAUGGACAAGUAGUCUACAAUACCUUAACAUGGAAUAAUAUGAUAAGCAAGGAAAAAGCCAAGAAGACUUUGCUAAAUCCUUUGAGACAGGAGGAUCAGCUGCAGCAAGAACUGUUUAUUCCUGGAAUAGGAAUUUCAAUUAAAAGAACAGGUGUUACUGGAGGUUACAGCCAACCAGGUCAAGAUAAACUACAAGAUCAGAGUGGCAAAUCACCUGGUCAUAUUCCACAUGACAUGAUUUUGAAUGGUUUAGAAUGUCUGCAAUUGAAUGGAAUGCCUUUGAAACAUGAUUAUGGGACCUCUGAUGACAGAUUAGCAAGUGGCUACCAAGAAUCUCCACCUGUAGUCAGUUUAAGACAACAGAAGUGUUAUUCUUCUGGAUCCAUACAAACUGAACAUGUUAGCGAGUGGUCUGCUGUUUCUGCAGACACAAGUGUAAGGAUCAUUAAUAGAGCUUAUAAUGAAAAGCAUGCUCCGGUAGAAGGCACCAGGAACUCAGCUGUUAGAGGAAGACCCAAGAGAGGCCUUAGCGGUUCUGCUGUUUGUCCAGCAUCUCCUGAAAAUGUGUUUGUUGGGUUAAAUGUGCUUAGCAAAGACUGUAUGGUACAAGGCAGAGACGUUGGCCAUCCUGGAAGGGCUACAUCCCACAAGAGAGUGAAUUACAGGAGGCCUAGAUAUAACAGUGUCAAGGCAGCAGUUACUGAUGAAGCUCUUACAAUGGAAGGAAUCCAUCUGCACACUAAAUGAUAAAAGCUAUAUCUAAUGUAUAGUAUAUUAUAAAGGCAUAUGCCAUGUGUCCUGUUUUAAAAGCUGUUUGUGCAAAAGGCUAUAUGUUUUGCAUUUUAAUUAAAAUAAAUAUAGCAUUUUGUUUAAAUUACUGUUGUUAUGUGGUACCAAGGCACUGAACAGAAAUGCCAUUAUGGGAAGUGUAGAUUAAACAUUCAGGCCCAAUACUUGUUGGAAGAUAAUGUUUAAAGUCAACAAACUGGGAAGUUCAGAUUAUUCUGGCAAUGAUUAGUACAAGCAAGAUAAUUAGUUGUUUACAGUACUGAGGUCAACUCAACAGGUUCUUAUCCUGGUUAAAUAAAUACAUUGAAAUUGCUUGUUGCAACUUUAAAAUGUAAUUUUGUGGUUAACAGGAAUGUACUAUUUGUAAACUCUUUGCCAUAUAUGAAUUUCCAAAAAAAUAAAAUCAGUAAUUACCAAAAUCAGU